AUGCAUGCAAAAUGGUUGAGCAAGGUGUUUCUAAAAAAGAUCGCUGAGAAUCCAAAGAUAAAGCUCUCCACACUAAUGAAGAAAGCAUACAGCAAGUGGAAUGUAGAGCUGACUAAGUCUAAAGCUGCCUGGGUUAAACAGUUUGCACUUGAUGAGUUACAAGGAACGUACAUAGAGCAGUAUCGGAGACUCUAUGACUAUUGUCAUGAAUUGUUGAGCUCUAACCCGGGUUCUACAAUUAAGUUGCAAGUGGAGAGACCACCUGAGUUUGCUUCUGAGAGACCAAAACCGGGUGUGGAUUUAAGGCCAAAGUUUCAAAGACUUUAUGUGUGCCUUGAUGCAUGCAAGAAGAGUUUUAUGGUGUGCAGACCAAUAAUUUGCCUUGACGGGUGCUUCAUCAAGACACCAUAUGGAGGUCAACUUCUCACGGCUAUUGGCUGGGACCCGAAUGACCAGAUAUUUCCAAUAGCAUACGGAUUGAAGCAGAGACUAAGGACACAUGGACUUGGUUUCUCACCAAUCUGUGUGAUGACUUUGGGAGUGACAAGAUAA